AUGGCGCAUGUUGCUAAUGGCCUUGCUUCUGCUGAGGGUCUCCGGAUUCGCCAAAUUCCUAUUGACCCUGUCUGCCCCAGAUGUGGUGAAGAUAAUGAAUCCAUUGAGCAUAUAAUCCUGCAAUUCCCUUUUGCUCGAGCUGUUAGGUACGGGUCUCCCCUUUCUCAUCGCAUCCCAGAGGAUCCUAAUUUCUCUAUUCAACUUUGGCUUCAACAAUGGUGUGAUCUGAAGUCUAGAGAUAAAGCUGUGGCCCAAAGAAGCUUCUGUCAAGCUUCUUCCAUCUACUGGUCCUUAUGGCUUUCCAGAAACAAUCUGAUUUUCAACAAGGUGCACCAAUCCCCUCCUGAGGUGAUUAUGGCAGUGGAUCUUUCCUUUGAAGAAUUCUGGAAUGUGCAGCAUAACAAUUCAAAAUCAUCUCCGUCGGCCGCUCCCAAUGCAUCAUUUGUUGCUAAUACCUCUACUGGAGCCUGGGUUUUUAUUGGCAGAGACCACCUACGUUCCCAGAUCUUCGCUGUCUCAGAACCAGCUUUUAUGCCUUCUAUUAUUUGUGGAGAAGCUGAAGCCAUUCGUGUUGCGGUCCUUUUGGCUCUGGAAAAUGACAUUCGGUGCUUCACUGUUGAAUCAGACUCCAUGGAACUGAUACAAGCUUUCACUCACAGGAACGCCCCCCGCCUUCCCAUUGCCUCUGUUAUCACUGAUAUAAAGCUUCUCUGCGCUUCCCCUAUUGUAUGCCACUUUGUGCAUGUUUCUAGAAGUGUGAAUGGCAUUCCCGACACUCUAGCCCGGAAAGGUUGUCCCUUCGGUUCAGGACAAUCUGGCCUCCGUCCACUCCUUGGCUUCAUCAACUAUGCCUUGAUGAAGCCUCGGCUUGUAACCGUUCCUGUUUUGAAUAAAUUACUUCUUUACCAAAAAAAAAUGAUGUUCAAUCAGUAA